AUGUGGUAUUUCGCUAGAGUGCCGCUUGUUCCUCAAAACCGCGUCUGGUUCAUUGUUGUCUUCGCCUUUACCUGCCUAGCCUUCGCUGUGGUCCUGAUGAGGCUAUACAGCCGGGUUAUCCUAACCCGUUUGGUGGGGUUUGAGGACUGGUUGAUUUUCCUCUCCAUGGGAUUCUCGAUAGCUUACAUUGGAACUGUUGUCCAUGAGAUCGAACUGGGCCUGGGCUAUGGGGUCAGCCCAGACGAUAUGAAAUCGUUCUUACAUACCGAAUUCUUUACGACCUUGAUAUAUACAUGGAGCCAAUGGGUCAUCAAAUUAUCAAUUUCAGUGCUUUACUAUCGAAUAUUCUCGACUGAAAAACCUAGAAAGAUUCUGCGAUGGAUCAUCGCUUGGUUUGUUAUCUACGGUGUGGUGAACUGCAUUACACCGAUCUUCUGCUGUAUCCCUGUCCGAAAGUUUUGGGAUCAUGAUACUCCGGGCUAUUGUAUUGAAUGGGGUUAUCUUCACUACACGCUCUCUGCCAUCAACAUUGCGAAUGACUUUCUUCUUCUGGUCUUUCCUAUCCCGAUACUAGUCAAGCUUAACGUAUCCGCCAGAGUUCGUGUGAUUCUUGUCGUAACGUUGACUUGUGGAUUGGUGGCUUCAAUUGCAUCUAUCUUGAGGCUGCAGACUCUUGCGAUGUUCUUCUCAGCCACCCGUGACAAAAGACCAAUUUUGGGCAGCUCAAUCACCACUUGGUCUAGCCUGGAGAUCAAUCUGGCCAUCAUAUGUAGCUCGGUGGCUUCGCUCAAACCAUUAUUCGCACGUUUUAUUGGCUUAAUUCCGCACUCGGAGGCGAAGUCUACGGAUCGAAAUACUCGAGGCUACCAGCCGGCCAAACAGCACAGUGACCAGUCUUGGGUCCCUCUUGAGACCUUCAAUGAGCGCACACAAACCACAUGGCAUUCAAUUGAUGAUGUUGAGGCUGCGACAGAGGGUGGUAAAUUCUGGGCUGACCAAAAUCGGGAGGCCAAGACUUCCAUAGUGGCUGGAACGAGCAGCGAGAGGGUAUAG